AGCAGCCCACAGCAGUGGUGUGGAGAGAGUUGUCAGGAUUUAGCUUCUGGAGAGUGUUAGAAGGGGAACGAGGACGGCUAUUUUUGUGCAAUGCCGAAUAAAGCAAAAAAGGAGAAGGAGUCUCCCAAGUCUGGAAAAGUUGUUAAAAUUGGAGGACAAGAGAACUCCGACCAUGAGCAGAGCUCCAACAGAAAAGGCAGCAACAGCGUCCCUCCGACCACUCAGCUGCUAAAGGGCAAGCAGCCAGGUUCCCAGACCCCUGUCAAGAAGGACAAGAGGCAGAGCUCGUCCCGCUUCAGCCUCAGCAACAACAGAGAGCUGCAGAAGCUGCCCGCCUUCAAAGAUGUCCCUCUAGCCGAACAGGAGAAGCUGUUUGUCCAGAAGCUGCGUCAGUGUUGCGUCCUCUUCGACUUCGUGUCGGACCCUCUGAGCGACCUGAAAUGGAAGGAAGUGAAGCGGGCGGCGCUCAGCGAGAUGGUGGAGUACAUCACCCACAACAGGAAUGUCAUAACAGAGCCCAUCUACCCCGAGGUGGUGCACAUGUUUGCAGUGAACAUGUUCAGGACGUUGCCUCCAUCGUCCAACCCCACAGGGGCCGAGUUUGACCCAGAGGAGGAUGAGCCCACUCUAGAGGCUGCAUGGCCACAUCUACAGCUCGUCUAUGAGUUCUUUCUCCGGUUUCUAGAGUCUCCCGACUUUCAACCAAAUGUAGCAAAGAAGUAUAUCGACCAGAAAUUUGUAAUGCAGCUAUUAGACCUGUUUGACAGUGAAGACCCUAGGGAACGAGACUUUCUAAAGACCACUCUGCAUCGCAUCUAUGGCAAAUUCCUGGGCCUCAGAGCGUACAUCAGGAAACAGAUAAAUAACAUAUUUUAUAGGUUCAUUUAUGAAACGGAACACCAUAAUGGAAUAGCAGAGUUAUUGGAGAUAUUAGGAAGCAUAAUCAAUGGUUUUGCCCUACCGUUGAAGGAGGAGCACAAGAUCUUCCUCUUGAAAGUGUUGCUGCCUUUACACAAAGUCAAGUCUCUUAGUGUUUAUCACCCGCAGCUGGCGUACUGUGUGGUGCAGUUUUUAGAAAAGGACAGUACGCUCACAGAACCGACGGUGAUGGCUCUGUUGAAGUACUGGCCGAAAACCCACAGUCCAAAGGAAGUGAUGUUCCUCAAUGAGCUGGAGGAGAUUCUGGAUGUCAUUGAACCCUCUGAGUUUGUCAAGGUCAUGGAGCCCCUCUUCAGACAGCUGGCCAAGUGUGUGUCCAGCCCACACUUCCAGGUGGCAGAGAGAGCGUUGUACUACUGGAACAACGAGUACAUUAUGAGUUUGAUCAGUGACAACGCCGCCAGGAUCCUCCCCAUCAUGUUCCCGGCUCUGUACCGGAACUCCAAGACCCACUGGAAUAAGACGAUCCACGGACUGAUCUACAACGCCCUGAAGCUCUUCAUGGAGAUGAACCAGAAGUUGUUUGACGACUGUACACAGCAGUUCAAAGCAGAGAAGAACAAGGAGAAGGCUAAAUGGAAAGAGAGGGAAGAAGCAUGGGUGAAGAUUGAGAAUCUGGCCAAGUCCAACCCACAGUUCCUGGUGUACGUUGACCCAUCAGGCCCAGGUAGUCCCAUGGAGACCGAUGAACCAGUGAUUGAUGACGUUAACAUGCUGAAGAAGACUAUAGCGGAAGAGGCCACGCAGCUCCAGAGGAACCAGCGUAAAGAGCGUCCGCUGGUCAGGAGGAAGUCUGAGCUGCCUCAGGACAUGUCUACCGUCAAGGCCCUGGAAACCCACCGGAGAGCGGAGGACAUGGUCACACCCCACGAUGGCCACUAGAGACCACACCGGCGCCCUCACACACACACCCGUACACACAUGUAGCCAGAGCCCCACACACACAGACAGACCAGCACACAGCGGCCCAGCACAGAGCAGUCCAGGCCAGAACAGAACAACACAACAGACUGGUUUGGGUUGACGACAAAGCUACAGCUCGAACCAGUUCAGCACAGUACAACUGUACCCGGUCCACUCCAGCUCAGCUACAAUGAGAUCAAUGGCGCAGGACAUUAUGGCACAACCAAACAGGACGUUGCCCCCCAUCCCUUCUCUGUCUUGUAAAAGCUCUUUGGGGUGCAGUGCUGCCCCCUUCUGGUCUUUCUCUCAGGUCUUUUGUUGUCCGGUUGAUUUAGUCAUUUGUCUCUUCGUUUUAGAACUGUCCGACAGACGUGUGUUGGGACAUGUCUCUGUGCCCAAUGGGCGGAAGAACAAGCAGCUCGGUCAAAAACCACUUUCUCUGUCUCUCCCCAUCUCUUUUAGGCUAUGAAAGCGCAGUACUUCUCUCUCACCGUUUUCCCUAGAGACGUUACAGCUGCUAUUGCCAUGAGCUUUAUCUGUCUUUGUGCAGAUUUUUGUGUUCUGCUUUGAUUGAUUUGCCAGGAGGGGAGGGGGAGCGCCGUGGACUGUCUGUGUUGGUCAUGUAAUGAGCUGGCUUGUGCCCUCUACCGGACAUCUUCUGGUCUGCUCAAACCUAGUUUGGUGCCAACGUUAGUUUUGUUCUUUCUUUUUUAAGUUUUUUUUUUUUUAUCCAUAGGAAAUUGUAGGCAAUAAGUUGACCCAGGGUCCGGUGUGUUUUGGGGGUUCAAACGAUGGUAAAGGGUUUCUAAGCCCGGGGACACAGCACAUCUAGAGUUCUUCGGGAUCGGUUGUAAAUCACUGUCCAUGUGAACGCCAAGAGACUUUCCAUCUGUAUUUCACAAUCUUUCAGCAUGUUUGAAUUCAAUCAUAACUGGUGUCCAUCAAAGGCCCAGCUCCUGUCACAGCUUGCAAGUAUGUUGAAAACCGCUUGGUUCUGAUCAUUCCUGUUCAGUGUUUGGACUGCCAUUGAACUUCAGCAUAUGACUGGGACAAGAGGGACACAGCUGGGCCUCAGAGAGGAAGAAUUAUCUUCAUCUUUGACGGCGCUGUUAGCAAGUAGUAUCCCCGUUCAGGGAUAGAAAGACCAUUCUAUCGGGAUAGACAGCAUUGAAUUUGAACACAUGCCUUUCUUUUCAUAGUGCCUUUAUUGUACAAGUGGGACAUCGGCUAAACUGGGAAUAAAAUAGCAGCGUUAUCUGAAUACCAAACAAUGUCAGAUUUAGCAUUGGCUUCCGAACAGGUCACAGACUCAUACGCACGCCGCGGCUGAGGGUAUUCACUCUGUUUACGCCGUGCCGAGUGUAAAACACACAAGCUGUUUAACUAUAGUUGAACGCCUUGAUAAAUCGACAAACCUUGAGGAGUGUUCAGUCUAGAGAGGAGUUGAGUCACCCCAACGACUUAACAUAGAAGCACUUCCUGAUAAAACUUGAACACGAUAAGAGUUGAAACCAGUCAUGCUGUCUGGUCGGCCCACUUCUGUCAGCUCCUCUGCGUGCCUGAUGGAGGUAUUGAGAAAGAACUGGCUCGACCAGCCCCCCCCCCCCCCCCCCCCCCCCCCCCCACAACCUUGUAGGAUGCGGCCCGAAUGCUACAUCCCCUGCCUGUAGCCCUAUAAACUGUGGCGAAAAGUAGUGGGCCGUUUAGGACCGCGUUGCCAUUUGAGCCGUAGCCAUUGUGUUGAUGUGUCUGUGAAACAAUACCAUUGUUUGAACUGCCAGACAGACAUGCUCUUUAGCUGUAUCGUCGUAGAGAACCUCGCCAUUCAGGUGGCGCGUGUGUGUCCGAGACAAUGCUUCUGAAUGCUUGCACGGUCUCUUCCUUUGCCUGCAGAAACUCUGUUGAUGUUCAAAUUGAAUGUGCAAAUUGUAAAUAUACUACUACUACUACUACUACUACUACUACUACUACUACUACUACUACUAGAUCAUCGCAUUGCUUUGCUGUCUAUCCUUUGUCUUGAAGAAUAACAUUCACCAAUUAUUUGCCAUCCGCUCCCCCUCCAACUAUUUUGCUGUAAAAUGACUAAAAGGUGGUGUAGAGUCCUUUAGGUGGCACAAAACAGAACUGGGUGUCUACUGGCUUAUGGUUGGUUCGCUUACAAUAUUGUCCAUGAAGGGAUCCCUGUGAUCCUCAUUGUUUCUCAGUAACGAUAAUGGGGUCUUUAGUUAGCUUCCUGAAUUGACUGAACGUAAACCGAAUAGAGGCCAACCCUGCCAGUGUCCUGGGAUCAGAGAGGAACUCUACGUUGGUGAUUGUUGUUCUUUGUCUAAUGGCUUUAAUAUUCCAGCUUCUUCUGAGCUCUCUUCCUUUCACAUGAGCUUAUGGUUGUUUUCUUCAAGAAUUAAUGAUACUGCAAGUGUCCUUUUAGUAUAUACCCUGUACUAAAUGGCUUCAUCUAAUAUUGUACAUAUAAUGUACUUUUAUUUUAUGUUAUAUCUAUUAUUAAAUGAUAGAUUUCAUAUUUUGUACAAAAUGUCCCCUCUGUACAGAAAACAAAGGAUGUGGCACCGAUGGCGACAGACUUAAACGUAACUUUUUUUUGCAUUUAGAACAGUUUAGAAUUUGGAUUCAAAUUUUUUAUCAAUUUGUAAUUUAAUAUUUUUGUUUCAGCAUUUACAUGUGAUGAGAUUCUACAUACAUUAGCCUUUUGUGUGUGCUUUUAUCCAAAACCAGUGGUGUACAUCUAUCUAUAUACAGUAAAUAAAGAGAACAUGUGAGUUUUAUAUUUUCAUCCUA